GAGAGAGAGAGAGAAAGAUAAUUGUGUUUUUUUUUUUUUUUUUUGACAGAAGUAAAAAUUUCUUUGAAGACAAUAACGAGUUUCUCGAUCUCUGUUUAUUUUGGAGUAAAACAAGUAUCAUUGUUGUUAUUGUUGUUGUUGUUUUUUUUUUAAUUUAAAUUUCAUGUCAUAAUUCAUUAAUGAUUUAAAUUAGUGGCCAAAAAACAUUAGUUAAAAAAUUUUUUAUUAUCUCUUUGAAGACACCUACCAGAUGACAAGAAUGAGCACAAAUACAACAUUCCAUUUUUAUUAUUAUUGCGUAUUGUGAUAAAAAAAAAAAAAGAUUUUUUUGUUGCAAGGUGAAACUUGAUGCAGCAUCGUCAUCAUUAUCAUCAUCAUUUGUGUAUCGAUAGUUAAACUCUCGAGUCAGACAUAUAAUUAUGAUAAUAAAUUUAAUUUUCAUUGCAUUGUGACGUUUUUUUUUUUUUUUUGGAAAAAAAUUAUUUACAACAAUGGCAAUAUACAUAAUAAUAAUAUUUAUAAUUUUAAAUAUAUAUUUAUUACCAUCAUGUUUUGGAGUAUUACCAAAAUCUCGAGGACAUCCAUACUACAAAACAUUUCGUUUAGUUGACGAGGAUAUUUGUCAUCCUUUUUCAGUUGUACAUAAAAUUGAUUUAAAAAAAUAUGCUGGAUCAGCAUUAUCAAUAAGUCCUGGUACAAAAUUUAAUACAUGGUUUAAUAGAACAAAAGAUUUUGAAUGUAAAUUUAUUGUUAAAGCUCCAAAAGAUGAAAGUCUUUUUGCAUCAAUACAAAGUAUAUCAUUUAGAAAAAAUGGAGAUGAAUGUUUAGACUAUGUCAAGUUUAGAAGAAAAGGUAUUGAUAUAACAUCAGAAAUAUGUGGUGAUUUUCAUAAAAGAGUACCAAGUUAUUUAAAAAAUGAAUAUGUAUCAACUGAAAAUUAUAUAUAUGGUGGUAAAGAUUAUAAUUUUUCAUUAAAUUUGGGUGAAUAUGAUGUUAAAGGUGAAAUUGAAACAACAAUAUUUGUAUCACAACAAAAUGUUGAUAGAAAUUAUGAGCUAGAUUUAGUUAUUGUUUAUACACCAUACAAAAAUUGUGAUAAAGCUGAUGCUGAUAGAACAGCAUCAAUAGCACCAAAUAGUGUUUGCAUACGUAAAGAUUAUUUAUGUGAUGGUGUUGAAAAUUGCAAUGCAAUUUGUAUGGAUGAAAAAAAUUGUCCACCUGAGAUAAUAUCAACAAAUAAUAAUACAGUUACAAUUAGUGCUGUUACAACAAUUAUGUUUUUAUUUAUAAUAUUUAUAAUGGGACUUUGUUUAUGUAAAAAAAAUCAAUGCUGUUGUUGGAGUACUGAUUGUGCUGGACCAAAUUUACAUGAUAAUAGACAAUCUAAUCAACAAUCUGGUAAUUCAGGCAAUAAUCAAAUUGCUGAAUCACCAAUGUUAGAAGUUAAUGUAUUACAAUCAACACUUGAUAAAGAUUUACCACCAAGCUAUGACUCGCUAUUUCCUGAACAAACAAGUUAAAUUUUUUUUUGCUUUUUUUUUCUUUAAUCAUCAAUCAAAAAUUAUUAUUUAAUUAAUUUAUGAAAAAAAAAAAGAAAAUUAAUAAUGAGAG